AGUUCUUAUAUCACUUUUGAACUGUUCUUAGCAAUCGUUUCUUCUCAACAGAUCACAAAAGCUGAUUUAGAACAGCGCCAUCCUCAGCUUGAUUAUGUUUUCACAUUGGCACAGAAUUUGAAAAAUAAAGCUUCCAGUUCAGAUGUGAGAACAGCAAUCACAGAAAAAUUGGAAAAGGUCAAGAACCAGUGGGACAGCACUCAGCAUGGAGUCGAGUUAAGGCAGCAGCAGCUGGAGGACAUGACCAUCGACAGCCUACAGUGGGAUGACCACAGGGAGGAGACCGAAGAGCUGAUAAGAAAAUAUGAGGCUCGGCUCUAUAUUCUUCAGCAAGCACGGCGGGACCCCCUUAUCAAGCAGAUUUCUGAUAAUCAGAUAUUGCUUCAAGAACUGGGCCCUGGUGAUGGCAUCAUAAUGGCGUUCGAUAAUGUCCUGCAGAAAUUGUUGGAAGAAUACAGUAAUGAUGACACAAGAAAUGUGAAAGAAACAACUGAGUACCUGAAAACAUCAUGGAUCAGUCUCAAACAAAGCAUUGCUGACAGACAGAGUGCCCUGGAGGCUGAGCUGAGGACGGUACAGGCCUCCCGCAGGGACCUGGAGAACUUCCUAAAGUGGAUACAAGAAGCUGAAGCCACGGUUAAUGUGCUGGCGGAUGCCUCUCAGCGGGAGGAUGCGCUCCAGGACUCCCCCCUGGCCAGGGAGCUCACCCAGCAGAUGCAGGCAAGUGCCCAAAAUCACAUUAGUGUUUUUAUUGAGUUGUGCUCUUUUGAUCUAUCUACAUGCAAAUUUAUUACCAUUAAAAGGGGAAGUUGUCAGCUUUUCUGUAUCUGAAAUAUCCACGCUCCUCUGUGAAUAAUUGGUUUCUGGAAAUGAGAUCUGUAAAAUACUUUUUACUUAAUAGAAGG